AUAAACGCAACAUGUAAAGUGUUGGUCCCAUGUUUCAUGAACUGAAAGAAAAGAUCCCAGACAUUUUCCAGAUGCACAAAAAGCUUAUUUCUCUCAAAUUUUGUGCACAAAUUUGUUUACAUCCGUUAGUGAGCAUUUCUCCUUUGCCAAGAUAAUCCAUCCACCUGACAGGUGCGGCAUAUCAAGAAGCUGAUUAAACAGCAUGGUCAUUACACACGUGCACCUUAUGCUGGGGACAAUAAAAGGCCACUCUAAAAGGUGCAGUUUUGUCACACAACACAAUGCCACAGAUAUCACAAGUUGUGAGGGAGCGUGCAAUUGGCAUGUUGACUGCAAGACUGUCCACCGGAGCUGUUGCCCGAGAAUUUAAUGAUAAUUUCUCAACCAUAAGCCGCCUCCAACUUUGUUUUAGAGAAUUUGACAGUACGUCCAACCAGCCUCACAACCGGAUCCUGAGGCCCAUUGUGUGGCUAAUUUUUUGUGUGUCUGUGAGUCAUGUGAAACAGUCAUGUGAAACAGUCAUGUGAAAUCCAUAGAUUAGGGGCUAAUGAAUGUUAAAAAAUUGGUUGUUUUUUCCUAUGAACUUGAACUCAGUAAAAUCAAUCAAAUUGUUGUAUGUUGCAUUUAUAUUUUUGUUCAGUAUAGUUUUUUCUACCAUUGUAUAGGAGGGGUGGAAGACUAGGGGACACAGUUAGACAGGGAAGGCAGACUACACGGCUAGUAUUUUUAUUAUACCUCAAACCUACAGACAUGCAGGCACACACACACACACACACACACACACAUUCAGACAGACAAACACACACACAUGUACUCACACACACACUUCAGGAAGUUAUUACUGUAUAGUGUGUGGGUCAGAAAUAGCCCUGAAGUGCCUGCCUGACUGGGAGUGACCUAGCCCUCCUCUCCUCUUGGCCCUGUCAAUCACAGCUCAAAACAAGAUGGCAGACUGGACAGGCUGGAGAUUUAUUUUAACAGUGUGUGUCACCAGUGUACUAGUGGUCAAGGCAGACAUCAAGGCUUAUACCCCUGUGGGACAGCUGUUUGUGUUCGAGCUGCAGAGAGAGGCCUUCCAGAAUGAAUUUGAACCCUUCCUGAAACACUAUGGGCGGGUCUACAAUGAUCCCAUGCUGUUUAAGUGCAACAUGCAGUCCUUCCCGGACCUGCCUGGCUGGCUUCGAUUUACCCAGAGGCACCACUAUGAUAACGGCUUCCUCUACGGCACCCCACUGGCCCAGGGAAAGAGUAUGAUAGAGAUCACAGUGACUAACAAACGGAGCUAUGACACAUUCAGAGACAGACUGAUCAUAACGAUUGACCCUCCAGCAAAGAGAAUGCCCUACCAGGCUGAGUUCUUCAUCCCACUGAGGGAGAUUGAGAAGGUGCUGCCCUCUACAGUUCAGGAAGAGAUCAGGCAGGAUAUGAUGAGGAUGUGGAAGACAGACAGGCUGGACUUUGUCAACAUCACGUCUGCGUUGGACCGAGGUGGCCGUGUCCCUCUGCCUCUGGCUGGACACUACGAAGGGGUGUAUGUGAAGGUGGGUUCAGACCAGUACUUCUCUGAGUGCUUGUUGAGGCUCCAGACUGCUGAACAUAGGAGACAGUGUGAGGCUGGGGGCAGGGCCAAGAUCCCUGGGGACUGCAAGGUCUGUUCCUACCCAGGAAACUGUGUCACCUGGUGCAAGUCCACACUGAUUGAUCUGUCCAGACCAGUGAUCCCCCCUCCUGCCCCCACCAUGGGCCCAGGUAUCCUGGAUGCUGGGGGGGUCUAUGACCCACCUGAGUCCCCCCCUCCCAGAGACUUCCUGCCAGACUACAUUGUGACUGUGAUCGUCCCCCUGGCUCUGGCCAUCAUCCUGUGUCUCCUACUGGCCUACAUCAUGUGCUGCAGACGAGAGGGAGUUGAGAGAAGAGAUGGAAAGACACCAGAUAUCCAGCUCUACCACCACCACACCAUCCAUGGUAACACCAGUGAGCUGCGGAGCAUGGCUGGGUAUCGUGGGGUCCCUCCUCCCCUCUCCACCCUGUCCAUGUUCAACGCUCGCACCGGGGAGACAGCCCCACCGUUCCAGACUGACAGCCCCAGCAUCCCCCUCAUCCUGGCCCAGCAGGAAAUCAACACUGACACACUGCCCAGGAAAUGAAGCCAUCCAAACAGGACAUACUGUACUCCCACUGAAUGUAUAAUGGGUUUGCUGCUGGUUUGCUGUAGGGUUUGAGAUGUUUUCUCUUCACAUUAUAAUUUCUUUAUCCUCUUUCUUGAUCACAUUAUACUUUUAUUACAAACACUUUGGAGUGACUCCCCUUAUGGAAUAACCACAUGAAUUUCACAUGUGAAUGUUUGAAGUGUUCCAAAAAAACACAUGUUUUCAUGUGAUCAAAUGUCAUGUAUGUGAAGUCAAUGUGAUAAAAUAUGACAACAUGUAAAGUAACAUGUGAUAACAUAAAGUUAAACAUGUGAAAGCCGGAGUCACGUGAAGUGUUCCAAAAACACCGUUUAAAUAUGAUUUCACAUGUGAAAUUUAUAGUGAAAUCAUGUGAGUUUUCUGUAGGAGUGAGUGUUGAGUGACUGUAACCUCUGAACUUGUGUUAAACAUUUUUAUGCAUUAGUGGAUUUAAUUAAUUCUGCCAUAGGUUUGGACUAAUGGAGUGCAUUAUGUAUUUUUGAAAACAAAAUCCUUGGUAGAUAUAUAGCCUACAUGUAGAGGUAGAAUUAAUAUAUUGAAUGUUUUUCCUUAAUAAAACCCCUAACCAACUGUA